UGUUUGGUAGCAUAGUUUCGACGACCAAUCUAAUAGGAUUAUCAUCAAAUAGAAGCUAACAGUCACAAAGAAGAGAUCAAACUAAACUAAAGCUAUGCGACUAAUUUUUAUCAUUUUAAUUUUCUUUUCGGGAACAGUACUCUCAAGAUAUUACGAAAAGAGACGUUUCGAUCGUUCCGUAUAUGAUGACUUUGAAAUAUCAAAUACUCGUAAAUUCGCAAUAAAUAAACAAUGGACAUUUACUGAUUACAAAACGCAUUUUAAAGCAUAUAAAGAUAAAAAAGAAAAUAAAUGUUAUAUAGAGAAAUUUAAAGAUAAAGAGGAACUUUCAGAAAAUAAAAUCAAACAAGGAUAUAAAACUUUUUAUAUUUCGAAUGAAUUUUUAACAAAAUUAAAGGCAUGGCAACUUGCAGGAGAAAGAAUAGUUGAUUUUUGUAAUAAACGUAAAAUUAUUUUAAUAGAAAGAACUGCAUCUAUAUUAGAUCCAACAAAUAUUCACUAUUUUAAUUCACUUUCUUAUGAAAAAUAUUUAUUUCAACCAUCUUUGAUAAAACGUGCCAAAAGACAAGUUGUAUUUGAAAAAAAACAAAAAUUUAAUAAGAAAUUUAAAAAAAAUCGUUUACGUCGUCAAAUACAACAAUCUCCAGGCAAAUUUCAAGGGCAAACGCAAUCUCAGUAUUUAAAUAUUGGUAAUAAUAAUAAAGAAGAAGGUAAAGCUGAAGCUGAAGCUACUCAACAAUCUUCACGCGCGGUUGUUAGCGGAAAAUAUGGUAUGGGUCAAGCACAAAGUAUGUCAUUAGGUAAUAUUGGAUGUGAAGAUUGUCAAAAAUAUUCUGAUGAAAAUGCUCCAGACAGAUAUGUUCAAAUUCCAGCAAUCAAACAAUCAAAGGAUACUAUUGUUCAUCCUAGUAAAAUUAUUCCAGGAAUAAGCACUAUUUAUUCUGAUAGAAUAUCUGCUAGAGGUCAUAUACCUUACUUUAACAAUAUACAUGGUACCAAUGGUGUGACAACCUAUCCUGGUAGUGUAGGUGGUACAACAAAUAGUAGAAUAAUUUAUCCUGAAGGUGGAAGUAUAACUUAUCCUGUAGGUGUAUCUGAUACUAUAACAGGUGAUGAUGUAACUCAUCCUGGAAGUAUAUCUAGUACUAAAACUGUUGGUGAUAUAGCUUAUCCUAGAGUUUAUCCUGGAAGUGUGCUUGGUACUACAAUUGGUGGUAACAUAGUUUAUCCUCAAGGAAUACCUGGUACUACAAUUGAUACUCAUUUAACUUAUCCUGGAAGUAUACCUCAUACUGCUAUUGGUAGUAGUAUAGCUUAUGCUGGAGAUACAUCUAGUACUACAGCUAGAGAUAAUGUAGCACAUCCUGGAAGUAUACCUGGUACUACAGCUAGUAAUAGUGCAGUUUAUCCUGGAAAUAUACUUAGUACUGCAACUAACGGUGAUGCAACUUAUCGCAAAGAUAUAGCUGGUAUUACUGGUGACAUAGCUUAUCCUAGAGAUAUACCUGGUACUAUAACUAGUGUAGUAUAUCCUAGUGAUAUAUCUGAUACUACAACUGAUAGUGGUAUAAUUUAUCGUGGAAAUGUACCUAAUACUAUUAUUAAUAGUGGUAUAGUUUAUCCUAGUGGUAUAUCUAGUACUAUAGCUAGAGAUGCAACAGCUUAUAGAAAUAUACCUGGAUCUACAAUUGGAAGUGAUGUUCAUCCUCAAGGUUUAUCUGAUGCUACAAUUGAUGAUGGUAUUACUUACCCUAGUGUUGGUGAUAGAAUUGCACCUAGUACUACAACUAGUGACAGUAUAGCUGGUAGUAUACCUGGCACUGUAGCUAAUGAUGGUCAUAGUCAAAUUAUAACAAAUUCAAAAGCAAUUGCAGAUGCCAAAAUUUAUCCUAUUGGACAAAUAUCUUCAAAACAAUUCUUUGGUAAAAAAUCUUACUUUAUUAAUAGAGAUAAUAAAAUAGAAGGGAAUAUAUAUCAUAAUAUUGGUUCAUUAGGAACUUCACCUGGUCAUACUGCACAUGGAACUACAGAUAUUAGAGUUCCAAGUGGUGAAGCUACUUAUUCUGGAGAUAUUCCAAAAACUACAGGACAUUUUAUAAUAGGUGAUCAAACAAAAAUUAGUGCUGAUGAUAGACUUCAAGGAUCUGAUCGAAAAAUUAAAACUGAUCAAUCAGGAAUUUCUUAUCCCCAUGGCAUUGUAAAAAUUCAAGCUCCUGAAGCAGGAAAAUAUCCCAAUAGUCAAGUAAUACCAGGUUAUCCAAUGCAAGAGCAAUAUCCUAGGAUAUGGCAUGAUAAUAGAGGAAUUUUAACUAUAGGUCAAAUUGAUAAUAGACAAAAUAUAGAACAAUAUCCAAAUGAAAAACAAGGUAUUAAACAAUAUCCUAUUAUACAAUAUCCAUUAAUUGGAGAAUUCCUAUCGAAUAUUAAAAAAGUUCCUCAAUAUUAUCAACAAUCUAAUACUGGUUUACAUAUAGAAAAUGAUAAUUCUAAUUCUCAAGCAUCUAGUUCCGUAAAACAAACAGAUUUAGGAACUCAAGCAAGUGCAUCUGCUCAAGGAAAAUUUGGACAAGGUACAGCUCAAUCUCAAGUAACAGGUACUUAUAGCGGUUCUGGAUCAUUUUCAGCUCAAGCUGGUAGUACUGAUAUUAAUAAAAGUGCACAAACAGAAAUUAAUGGUGAUAAAGAAGGUGCUGUAAGUAAUGCUCAAGCACAUGGUGGUUAUGGAAAAAGUCAAGCACAAGUACAAUUAAAUUCAGAAUUAGGUGCUACAACAACAGGUGCACAAAGCAGUGGUUGGAAUCAUGGUACAAAUUCUCAAGUACAAGCAAGUUCAAAAGGUGGAAUGGCGGAUGCUCAAGCAAACGGUGAAGGAAGUACUUCAAGUCAAGCUCAAAUUGGUUUCCAACCAUAUCUUAAGACAGAUGAAAAAAUUGAAAAAUAUUUAAAACCGUUUCACGGAGGUGGAACAGCUUCCGCUCAAAGUGGAACAUAUACAGGGCAAUCUCAAUCUCAACUUGAAGGAUCUUUUCAAUAUGGAAUUACUUAUACUGGUGCUGCACAAGCAGGAUCAGGAUCUGGUGCAGCAGCUUCUAGAAAACCAUUUAAUUUUAAUCUUACAAAUACUGAAUUAUUUAAACCAUCUUAUGGACAAUCAUUUAAACCAUCUUAUGGACAAAUUGUAUCAAAAAAUAAUAGUAAAAUAUCAAAUAUAUCAUUAAAUACAGAUUACAAAUAUAAUCAAGACAAACUUCAAAGUUUGCAGACUAGUUCUAGUUCUCAAAGAAAAGUUAUUAUUAAUUUAACAAAUGUUAGUUCACCAAACAUUGUAAGCAAACCAAAUCAAUCUACUGAAAAAUCACAAAUAGAUGAUACAAUAUAUGAUGAUUAUGAAGAAGAAUAUGAUGGUGAAGAUUAUAAUAUCUCACCAAUACAAACUUCAAGUCCAAAAAUUUCACAAAUUUAUACUGCAGAACAAAAUAAUAGUAAUCAUCAAUCACAAGCAAUACAAGUUGCAUCUAAAAAUCAAUACAAUUUUCAUAUGAAACAAAAUACAAAUACAGCACAAGUUGGAAAUAUAUUUCAACCUGGACAAUCAUUAUCAGGAUAUACUAUACCACCAGGUUUUCGUGGCAAACUAACAUCUAUAGCUGGUAGUGAAACUAUUGCUCAUGGCAAUGGAAAAUCUCAAUCUCAAACAGUUUCUUUAAUUCCAAAGGAAUCAAAUGUGAUUUAUAAAAUUAAAUCACCUAUUUCAGAAAUCAGAUCUCUUAAAACUAAUCAUGAAAAAUUAAUAGAAAGUUAUAAUUCAUCUAAAGAAAACCAAAAACAUCAAAGUUCUACAGAAUAUACAAAAGUUACUCCUAAUAUAUCAAUAAAACCAAGUUAUUAUACAAUUACAAAUAGUGUAGCUGGUAAAAUGGAUGAUAAAAAUUCACAGAGAAAAUAUGAACAUCGUUAUUAUACUAAAAGUUCAACUUGUGGAUAUUUUACAUUCUCUUGUAAUAUUGUGUAUGGUUCUAAUGGUAGAACAAAAAUUUGCAAGCCAAAAAUGCCAACAUAUCCUGAUGGUACACCUAUGAAAUGUUAGGUCAAUAAUGAUCAUUAACUUUGAAAAUUUUUAUAUUAUUUACAAAAACUUAAUUUUAUUUAUAGAUUAUUUCAUAUUUUAUUAAUAUUAGAAAUAUUUUUUUAUUACAACUUAGAUUAUUCUUCUUGUUUAUCUUUGCAUCAAUAUUUAUGAUCAUUCAUAUAUCUUAUGAAUGUAACCAUAUUCUUACUAUUUCUUUUACAUAUACACAUAUUACAUAUCAUUUUUUAUUGAGGUACUUGUAUUGAGAGUAUAUUAUAAAAAUUUAA